AUGGCUCCUCCCAAGGCAGCUGAUGGCCGCCGCAAGUCGGCAACCAAACACGGGCUGCUCGUCACUCUCAGCGUAUCGCCGGAACUGCUACGCGAUAUCUUCCCUUCCGUGUCUGUCAAAGAAGCAUCUCAAUCCCCAGAGUCAAAGCUCUCCAAGGAGGAUUCGCAGAUCAAAGAGUCGCCGGCUAGCCCGAACGCGCUGGUUGUAUCUACCAUCUCGAAUGGAGACAAUGCAUCCGACUCCAAUGCUGCCACACCGGCCGCCGAAACCACACCUGCUCCUACGCCAAUGGGACCUCCCGCUGACGGAGCGAAGAAGAAAGGAGUGAAGCGAUCUGCGGCUGCUGCAAAUGGCACCAUUGAUGGAGUCCCCAAGCCAAGAGGCAAGCCGGGCCCUAAGAAGAAACCUCGAUUGGAGGACGGUACUAUCGACCACAGCAGUGCAGCAGCUCGCCCUACUGCCCACAAACUCGGUCCCAAGGCCAAUCAGGGAGCCAUCAACGCAGGCCUUCGCGCCCUCGACCGUUCUGGCAAGCCUUGCCGAAAAUGGGCCAAGGGUGGCUUCAGACUCAAGAGCUUCACUGGAGUUGUCUGGGAGAUACCACGAUGGACUGCGCCUCCGCGAACCGUUCCCGACUCUGGCACCGAAGACUCGGCUGUCCCCUCAGCCGAAGGUAGCAACAAAGAGAACAAGGAAAAUGGAAACGAAGCCAACAGCAUGUCCAAGGACAACAGUGUUUCUAACAGCAACAGCGGCCCUGAUGUCGAGAUGCAAAGCGCGCCCAGCAUCCAGGCCUCAUCACCAGCACCUAUUGCUGUAGCCACCGCAUCAUAG